GUUUUUCAAAUUUUGACAUUUCGACUUAAAUCCAAAACAAGCUUGGCCCCGAAUGGCGUGUUCUUCAUAAAUUUAAAAAUUUCCAGUGCUUAUUUUGUAUGUUUUCAAACAAAUUAUUCAACUACAAAAUUCCGAGCAUCCAACAAAUCUACUUGCCGUUCAAAAUCCAGUUUGUUUUCUCACUGUAGUGCAUUUUGAGGUUAUCUUUAUUGGGGGCCCCCAGUAUUUCGCAAUGUUUAAAUCGAAAGAAUUGAAUGAGUCGCAGUUUUUGAACAAUGUCCCGUUGCCUAGAAUGAACGACACGUGCAACGGUAAGCCUCAAAUAACAUCAACACCUAUAAAUUCGCUAGAUUUGAGGAGGAAAUCGAUUUUGUCUCCUCCAUUGCCUAAUGCUAGACAUGCAUCCCCUCGAAAAUACUCACUAUCAGAAGUCGGCGCACCAUCAUCAAGAAUCGACCCUAAACCGACAACAUCAAACGCCCCAGGACCCCUAUUGGCGUCCCUAUCCAUCAAAGACAAUGUCAGCAUGUAUCAGGAAACGAAAAGCUCCGGCCUGGCGAGAAGAAUUGUCCAAUACAAAGAGAAAAAGGAUAAGAAAAACGAAAAACAUUACACGCACCAGGAGCAGUACAGCAGUCCUGGCCUAUUUCCCAUUGUACAUUUGUUUAGGAAAAAACUGCCCGCCAGGAAACUCAAACCCGAAAGAAUAAUGCCAAGAAUGUCCAGUCCUGAAUACUUGAAAAGUUUGUCCCCAAUGAUUAAUAAGAAUUUGGACAGGAGUCAUCUGUUGGAUAACCAGACAAGACCCAGAUAUCCCAGGCCAAGCAGUUUUCCAGCUUACAAUCAAAACGGUGUAGAAACUAAAAGUGUUUUGGAAGCCCUAAAAGAAAUAUCCAGAAAAAGAAUUCGUUCUAGUGAAGAAUACGAAACACUAGACACCGGUAAAAAAGCAAAAACAGACUCACAUAAUGGUGUAGUAGCGACAACUAAAAGAACUAGAGUGGAUUCGCCUCCAUUAAAUUCUUCUAGCAGUCCAUCUUCACAGCAAUCGCAAAAGAAAUUUUGCAAUGAAUUUGACGCUUCAAAGUCUUCGUCAGACUUUACGAUGUUGAAAAAAAUUGAAACGCCAAAGUCUUCGAAAAGAAAAACUACAAGUACUUCAACGGAAUCUCUUGACAAUACCAAACAAGUCAAAGUGGUAGCUGUAGAAACACAAACCCCAAUUACGCUUCCUAAUAUAGUUGAGCCAAAAGAAAAAUCACCGGAAAUUGUAGAAGAAACGGUUAGCAAGGAAUUACCUGUAAUAGAAAAACCCAAAGCUAAAUUAGUAUUCAAUGACGUAUUUAUGGAUAAUUAUAGAGGAAAAAGAUUGUUGUCUUUGAUGGGCUCUGAUUUCAAAAAAAAUAUUUCGGUCAAGGAGCCUGAAAAACCAGCCACAGUUACAAAGGAGCAAACAGAAGUCCAAUCAUCCCUAACUUCAAUUUUAUCAUCUCCAAAAUCGAGUACACAUAAACCUACUGAAAAACAUGUACACUUUAAUGAAACCACAGCAGCAGCGCCAUCGAUCAAUCAGCCCUCUUUGACACAAACCUCAGCUCCUAUAGUAUCAGAAUCUGUUAGUAAACCUUCUAUCAUCCAGACAACACCUGUUGCGUCAACCACCCCAACCUUUUCAUUUGGGAAUCCAACUUCUACAGAUAAAACUGACACAAGUAAGCCUUCGGUUGGUUUAGGAAAACCUUUGGAAACUAGUCCUCAAAAACUUGGAGGCUUCAAAUUUGACCUUAACGCACCUGCCAGUACGACAUCUUCUGCUACAAAAACCACUUUACCCUCUAUAAGUUUUCCUGCUAAUGCAUUGAGUUUCAAUAAGCCCUCAGAAAGUUCCGUAAUAGUUUUUGGAUCAAGCUCCAACACAACAACAGCUGCUUCAACAACUUCCAAAACGGAACCCACGUUUUCUUUUGGGAAUUCAUUGGCCAAAUCGCCAGCGAUUAAUUUUGGUUCCAAUGCUAAGACUCCUAGUUUCAAAAUUACAACCACUCCAAGCACAGUGCCAGCUUUUGGUAUCACUAGCACAACUACUACCAGCGCUGCACCGAUGAUAAAUUUUGGUGUGCCAGCAGCAACAACAACGACGACACCUUCAGUUAACUUUGGUGGAACUUUUGGUGGACAGAGUACCGCAUCAAAUAAACCCAGUACUGCCUCGCCCUCUAUGUUUGGCUCAAAUACUAGUACUGCCACUGUCACGCCUACAUUUGGCAGUCCUCAAGUGUCUAAACCGUCAACAGGUUUUGGAAGUGGUAAUGCUUUUGGUAGCAAUACAACAACUAUUAGUGCGCCAACUUUUGGCAACAAUACUACAACUAUUAGUCUUCCAACUUUUGGCAACAAUACUACAACUAUUAGUGCUCCAACUUUUGGCAAUACAACAACUAUUAGUGCCCCAACUUUUGGCAACACUACAACUAUUAGUGCGCCAACUUUUAGCAAUACCACCUCAGUUUUUGGUACUGCACCGGUAACUUCAGCUCCAGUUUUCGGCAGUGGUACCACAACAAAAACGUUUGGCAAUACAACUUCUUCAGUUUUUGGCACUCCAGCUACUGCGGCUUCAGUUUUCGGUGCCACUAGUUCUCCUGCCCCUCCAACUUUUGGCAGUACCACUUCAGUGUUUGGAAGCACACCAGCAACUCCAAUGUUUGGCAGUACUACUACAACUACUUCUGCUUCGAUGUUCGGAAGCACCACCACUACAACGUCGGCUCCACCAACAUUCGGUAGUACUGCGUCAGGUUUUGGUAGUACACCAGCAACUUCGGCCUCAGUUUUUAGUAGGCUUGGUACCAAACCAACUUCAGCUUUUGGUGGUACUCAAACCACAGCUGCCCCAGUGUUUGGUGCAACCAAUAGUAAUCCAACGUUUGGUUCCAAAAAUAGUGUUUUUGGAGCUAGCAGCGCACAAGCACCACCCCCUGCUUAUGGAACUCCUAGUGCAAAUAAUACUUUUGCGGCAUUUGGAACUACAACAGCUAACGGUCCUUUUGGUGGCACCACAACAACCACUAGUGCCACAGGUUUUGGUGCAAUUUCAACGUUUAGUUUUGGCGGUAGUAAACCGGUAACAGCUAAUCCGUUUGGUACCACAACAACUACAACCAAUAGUACUUUUGGAACCGCAAAUGCUUUUGCUGCCACAACCAAGAGUAGUAGUACUUUUGGUUCUCCUAGUGCGUUUUCAUCUACUGCUGGCGGAUUUGGUGCAAGUGCUCCUACAUUUGGUGCUGCGGCGAACACUUUUGGUGGUACCAGCGCGCCAAGUUUCGGGCAAAAGGACAAUAAGGCCCCGUUCGCGUUUGGAGGGGGCGAAAAUAAGACAAAUACUAUCAGUUUUGGAUCCGGUACUGCCAAUAACACUCAAACUGGAUUUGGUAGCUCCGCUACAAGCGGUUUUGGUACUGCCCCUGCUGCCCAGCCGCAAAGCAAUGGAGGAUUUAAUUUUGGGUCAAAUACGUCGGCUGCGCCUUUCGCAUUUGGUGGUGCCACUACUGGUACUAGUACUCCUGCCAAGCCAGGUUUCAACUUUGGAGGCUCCACGAAUCCGCCACCUGCCUUCGGUAAUCCCAACUCGAUGCCCACUUUUGGUACAGCCUCUCUGGGAUUCGCAGCACCGGGAGCCCCGACGUUUUCGGCCACUGGAACACCGGGAGCUGGAGCGGGAGUAUUCAACAUUGGCACAGGAUCGACAGGGGGUAGACCCAGAACGCAAUUACGAGCAAAAAGAAGAACUUAAAAUUAAAUUAUUUGUAUUUUAAUUUAGGUGAUAAAUUGAUGGGGAAGUUUGGCAACAGGGCACAUGUGUGAAGUAUAAUUUCACACUUUUGCCAAAUUUCUGACGGUAUGGGUUUUUUUGCGGGACUUACUGGUUGCAGCCAAAAAAAAACUACAAAAAGGCCCAGAGCGUCUCCAAUAUAGAUAUAAAAAUUUUAAAGGCUAAAAUUAAUGGGGGAGGUUUCGACAUUUCCAUUCACAUAAAUAGGCUACUUAUUUAUUUAUUUAUUUAGACAAAGCAUAGAUUUUAUUGUGUCAAUGCAAACCAUUACAAUCCUUGUAAUGUUUUGCAAUGAUCGGAGCUCGAUAUACUUGUCUCGAAAAAUUCCUAUUCAAAAUCCUCCAUAUUUUUUAACUACUCGUUAUGUGAUGUAAGCAUGAUGAAAAAAAAAAUCGAAAUCGGUUGUAUAUAUUUUUUAAUUGAUGAAUUUAUUGUGAUAGUAUGCGAUUUACACAUACGUUUUAUAUUCAUGCUUGCUGAAGCAUAAUAUUUCAAUGCAAGCAAAUUGUGUCUUUGAUGAUGUUUGUUAAAAAUAAAAAAGAGUUUGUUACUUUAUACAUUUAAUUGAUUAUUUAUAGUAGUAGUGCUAUGAAAAUUGAUUAGGCCAAACAUUUUUUCUUUUUGGUUGUUUUGAGAAAUGAUUCAUUUAUUGUUAAAAUUCAAUUUUUUAUUUAUAAUAAAAUUAAGUAUAAAAUUA